AUAACAAAGUUCGUCUCCAAAUAUGCCAUUGCGACACGACCUGAUAAGAUGUCCCACCAGAUGUACCAUUAUUAUCUCGACGCAGAUUUUAACAAACAAUGGCGUUAGAAUUUGCGAGGACCUUAUUCUUAAGUCUCUGUUUCUUUGUGCCUGCCGCUGAUUCAAAUGAUUGCGACGAUGGCAACUUUUGCCUGAAUAGCGGGACAUGUUCCUACGAUCAACACGGACAUGGAAAGUGUCAGUGUCCCACAUGGUACACCGGAAAACAUUGUGAACAUGGAGAGCCUUGUAAACACAUUGUUUGUCAACAUGGCGGAACAUGCAACGAACGAGACGGAAGGUGUCAGUGUCAAGCGGGAUUCGUUGGCGAUCUCUGUGAAGUUGUCGACUCCUGUGACGACCAUAUUAUCUGCUAUAAUGGCGGCUCAUGUUACUUCAACAACAGUGUCAAUGUAGCAGCGUGUCGAUGUCCAGUAGACUUCACGGGAUAUCGUUGUGAACGUCAGAUCUCAACGACGACCACGACAAGCCAUGUAACAAAUCCACCGUCGACAGCUACUGCAAGCAACCAUCCUCAAACAUCAGUGUCGACAACUAGAAACCCCGCAUGCGCCAAAUACGAUCCUGGCAGUCGUGCAUGUAUAGACAACUCUGCCUGCGGUUUGCUUCACGUCAAGGAAGUUAUCUGUCCGGACCCGAACGAGGCGCACUACUGUCCAAUCACGUGCGGUUGUUGUUUGCCCGCUUCUCAUACUGCAGCAGUAGUUGGAUAAACCAGAACUGGAGCCGUUCGACUGUUGUCAAUAUUUGUUCGCGUAAUCAUGCGUCCGAUGUCAUUGUAUCACGGCUUUAUGAAAAAAUGAAACAAAGAAACGUU